GAGAAGCCCCCGAAGCCCCCCCGGAGCGAGGAGGACCCCAGGGCCAAGGGGGGUGCCCCGGGGGGGGGUCCCGGCGCGGGGUCCCCUCCCCCCGAGGGCCCCCCGGAGCUGGGGGGGGCGGAGCUGGAGCCCCCCUCGAUCUUCAUCAGCGUGGCCGAGGAUGAGGAGAGCUCGGGGGGGGGAGGGGACGCGUCCCCCCCCGACGCCGCCCUGGAGACCCCCAAGGUCAGCCCCUCCCCCGCCCCGGGCCCGGCCGAGGAGGAGGAGAGCUCGGGGGGGGGAGGGGACGCGUCCCCCCCCGACGCCGCCCUGGAGACCCCCAAGUACCCCCCCCACCACCCUUUUAACCCUUCCCGUGCCGUCCCCCAGCGCCUCAUCGACAAGUCCAAGGUGACGCUGGUGAAGUGGCUGCCGGACACCGAGCGCCUGUUCCUGGCGUCGCACGCCAGCGGCCACCUGUACCUGUACGACUCGGAGCAGCCCUGCGGGGCCACCAGCCCGCAGUACACGCUGGUCACGCAGGGCGAGGGCUUCAGGGUCUUCUCCUGCAAGAGCAAGACCCCUCGGAACCCGCUGCUCAAGUGGGCCGUGGGCUCGGGGCCGCUCAACGAGUUCGCCUUCUCGCCGGACGGGCGCUCGCUGGCGUGCGUCAGCCAGGACGGCGUGCUCAGGGUCUUCCACUUCUCCUCCAUGCUGCUGCAGGGCAUGAUGAGGAGCUACUUCGGGGGGCUGCUCUGCGUCUGCUGGAGCCCCGACGGCCGCUACGUGGUCACCGGCGGCGAGGACGACCUGGUCACCGUGUGGUCGUUCGCCGAGGGACGCGUGGUGGCCCGCGGGCACGGCCACAAGUCGUGGGUCAACGCCGUGGCUUUCGAUCCCUUCACGCCUCCCCCGCCGCCGCCCCCCGACGGGCAGGGGGGCGGCGAGACCCCCGAGGAGCCCCCGAGCGUCACGUACCGCUUCGGCUCGGCCGGCCAGGACACGCAGUUCUGCCUGUGGGACCUGACCGAGGACGUGCUGGACCCCCGGCCGCCCCCUCCCCGCGCCCGCCNGCGUCGAGACCCCCGAGGAGCCCCCGAGCGUCACGGGGACCCGCCGCCCUCCGUGCCGGGGCUGCCGCGCUCGCUGUCCCGCUCCAACAGCCUCCCGCAGCCCGGCGGGGGUCCCCAGGUCUCGCCGCGGGUCCCCCCGGUGCUGAGCGUGGGGCGCUUCGCCACGCUGACCCUGCGGGACCCCCGCGGCGCCCCCGAGAAGGAGCACAAACGUUACCACAGCCUGGGCAACAUCAGCCGGGGAGGGGGCAACGCCGAGAAACCCCCCCCCGGCGGCGGCCCGGGGGGCUCGCGGGGGUCUCUGGACAUGGCCAAGGUGCUGGGCACGGCGCUGUGCCCGCGGCUGCACGAGGUGCCGCUGCUGGAGCCGCUGGUGUGCAAGAAAAUCGCCCAGGAGAGGCUGACGGUGCUGCUGUUCCUGGAGGAUUGCAUCGUGACGGCCUGCCAGGAGGGGCUCAUCUGCACCUGGGCACGGCCCGGGGUCUCUGGCCUGUCCUCGCAGAACGGCGGCUCCCCGAGUGGCACCGUGGUGUAGCUGUCCCCUGUGUCCCCCGCCGUGUCACCCGCCAGGACACACCCGUGUCACCUCCCGGGUCACCGUGUCGCUCGUGUCACCCGUCGGGACACACCCGUGUCACCCGCCGGGGUCCCCCGUGUCACCCGCAGUGCCACCCCCGUACUACUGAGCCCCCCCGGCGCUGUCCCCGCGGUGUCACCGCUGUCCCCUGUCCCCAGGGUGGCACCGCCGUGCCCGGGGACCCCUCCCCUCCC